AUGUGGUGAAAUUCAUAAAUAUUAAUAACCACACGUUUUCUUUUAGAAUUUUAUUUUAGGCAAAGAGGAUGUUAUCACUGUGAUUCCCGAAAUUCUUCAGCACAAACCGUGUCUUGUAUAUGCCAUUAUUAAUCAUAUUUUCUUUUUGAAUUCUCAAUGGCAAUCAUCAAUCAAUCAGCAAUCAAUAAUGUCUCAAAAGGGACUCAGAACGUAAAGCCGGCUAUGAAAAGGGGGAAACAGACCAAACGGGCCAAAAGAAAGCCAUACGGAAAGUUCAAAAAACCCAAGAAGAAGGUAUCCAAAGUUUCCGACAGCAAUGUCAGUGCAGAUCAAUCCAUUCCCGAGAAAGGCAACUUGAUUUACAAACAGGGCUGUCUCCAGUCGCAAGGGAAGCAGUACAUCAUAAGACCUUCAAGGGAUGAUUCUGGAAUGGCUGUUAUAUACGAUAAAGGAACUGCCGACCUGCUGUCAGAUUCAAACAAACUUCAACAGUGGUCAAGUAGACAAUUGAUCAAGGAACUGCCUAAGAAAAACAUAGAUUUGUCAAAUGAAAACACUAGAAGUGUACUGCCUGACGCUCGAAAGAACAGAGAAUGGGAUAUUCCUUCAGUUGUAAACUACAUAACAAAUGUUAGGCAUAAAGAAGAUUUUAUCGACCCUGCUACUAGAAAUCCAUUUGUUGCGCCUGUCAGCGUUGAACCAACAGGAAAGCACAAAUCAAUGAAAAGGGGAUCAAGAGCUUCAAGAGCAUCGAAAGAACAGACAGCGGGUAGUAUGACAAGCCUGCAUAGCAAAGGUAGUGUCAGAAAUCACAAGAUGAAACUAAGAAGUAAUGAAGUAGAACAACCUAUUGUACCAAUAUACCAGCUAUCAAAUUCUAAAUAUUUAAAAGAUGGAUGGACUAAAGUGAGGCAGCCAAAUUUUAAAAUAACUGAAAAGCUGUUUACUUUUCAAACAUCCAUGAGUCACCCACAUAUGAAUGCUUUUCAGAAGAGAAUCGGUAUAUCAACUUCCUAUUAUGACAAUGAUCAGUUAGCAGCACUAUUUCAAGAAGAAGGAGGAUCUUUUAUUUAUUAUCCCAAUGGAGAAGUAGCCAUAUCCAUAACAGAAGGGCGUGUAGGACCGAAACUUGUUGUCUAUUCAAUGUCAAAAGUGAACAAGUAUGGCGAUUUUUUGCCAUCUCAGCCUAUGGCAAUUUUUGACAAAUUGGGAAAUGGUGUUGUCUAUGGAUACGAUGGAGAAAUAAGAUUGAAUUAUGACCAAGCCGAAGGAGCUUGGUAUGAUGCUAAUACUCCUCAACCUAUACAUUGGGUAUGGAAAAUAAAUGAGUAUUUAAAACAAAGAAGGGCGGAUUUAGAUGGCGUGGCACCAGAUGCAAACGAUGACAUUCACAUAUCCGGAAUUUCGGAUAAAAGGAAAAGAAGCGGUCGAAGUCUCGUUCGGAGUAACAAAACGGCCAAGGGGCAAAAAUCGAGAAAGAACAAAAAGGGCAAGAACAAUAGAAAGUCUAUUGCAAAAACAACAAGGGCAAACUCAAGGCCAAAUUCUGAAGAAGAUUCAAGGCAAAAGAAGAGCAUACAGAAAAUGGAAAAAAAGAAAAGUAUUAAACAAGGGUCAAUAAAAAAAUCUAGAAAAAGUCUUAGGAAAACUAUCUCUGCCAAAAGGCACGCCGUAAAGCAUAAAUCCAGCAAUCCGGAAUCAUCUUCUUUAGAAGAAGAGUCUAAAGGCCGAGGUGUGGGUAGAAAGACUGGCCUUAACAGGAAAGGUGGAAAUAAAGGAUUUAAAAAAAGAGGAACAAUUAGAGAUCUUCCACCUUUGAGGGAUCCCCCUUUAAAACCUGCACCAAUAGUUGAGGUCAAGCCUAUUGCUUUAAAAAUAACAGAUCAUGUUAGCAUGAGAAUAAUGGCCCAGACCCACAUCCACGUGGACUUUUCCUACUUUCCAAAACACUUUAGGCUGCAUGUUGGUAUGAACAUACACCCGGAAAACUUGCUUAGGAUAGACAAAGUCAUUGAUCCACAGCCAGUCAACAAUAUUGUCCCCUGUUAUUUCGAGUUGAUGUUCAAACGGUCUAAUAGUUUUUACAAUUUACAUACAAAUUUAAUUCAAAUGAGAAAGGCUGCAUUCAAGAAAAAGAAAAUACUGCUGUUGAAAAAAUGUCGUCUUAUGGGUUACAAAUAUGAUUUGAUACGAAGACAUCGGUAUUCAAGAGGUGCUUCAAUGCUGCUGCAAAUCUGAAUGUAGAUUAAAUUUUUAAUUUUGA